CCCCUCCCUGUCCGGUCCGGGUUCGCUUGCCUCGUCAGCGUCCGCGUUUUUCCUGGCCCCCCCCAACCCCCCCGGCAGGACCCCCUUGAGCUCAUCCCUCAGCUGCCACCAUGAGCGACCAAGAUCACUCCAUGGAUGAAAUGACAGCUGUGGUGAAGAUUGAAAAAGGAGUUGGUGGCAAUAAUGGGGGCAAUGGUAAUGGUGGUGGUGCCUUUUCUCAGGCUCGAAGCAGCAGCACUGGCAGUAGCAGCAGCAGUGGAGGAGGAGGAGGGCAGGAAUCCCAGCCAUCCCCUUUGGCUCUGCUGGCAGCAACUUGCAGCAGAAUUGAGUCACCCAAUGAAAACAGCAACAACUCCCAGGGCCCAAGCCAGUCAGGGGGCACAGGUGAGCUUGACCUCACAGCCACACAACUCUCCCAGGGUGCCAAUGGCUGGCAGAUCAUCUCUUCCUCCUCUGGGGCCACCCCUACCUCAAAGGAACAGAGUGGCAGCAGUACCAAUGGCAACAGUGGCAGUGAGUCUUCCAAGAAUCGCACGGUCUCUGGUGGGCAGUAUGUUGUGGCUGCCACCUCCAACCUACAGAACCAGCAAGUCCUGACAGGACUACCUGGAGUGAUGCCUAAUAUUCAGUAUCAAGUAAUCCCACAGUUCCAGACUGUUGAUGGGCAACAGCUGCAGUUUGCUGCCACUGGGGCCCAAGUGCAGCAGGAUGGUUCAGGUCAGAUACAGAUCAUACCAGGUGCAAACCAGCAGAUCAUCACAAAUCGAGGAAGUGGAGGCAACAUCAUUGCUGCUAUGCCAAAUCUACUCCAGCAGGCUGUCCCCCUCCAAGGCCUGGCUAAUAAUGUACUCUCAGGACAGACUCAGUAUGUGACCAACGUACCAGUGGCCCUGAAUGGGAAUAUCACCUUGCUACCUGUCAACAGCGUUUCUGCAGCUACCUUGACUCCUAGCUCUCAGGCAGUCACGAUCAGCAGCUCUGGGUCCCAGGAGAGUGGCUCACAGCCUGUCACCUCAGGGACUGCCAUCAGUUCUGCCAGUUUGGUAUCAUCACAAGCCAGUUCCAGCUCCUUUUUCACCAAUGCCAAUAGCUACUCAACAACUACUACCACCAGCAACAUGGGAAUUAUGAACUUUACCACCAGCGGAUCAGCAGGGACCAACUCUCAAGGCCAGACACCGCAGAGGGUCAGUGGGCUACAGGGGUCUGAUGCUCUGAACAUCCAGCAAAACCAGACAUCUGGAGGCUCACUGCAGGCAAGUCAACAGAAAGAGGGAGAGCAAAACCAGCAGACACAGCAACAGCAACAAAUUCUUAUCCAGCCUCAGUUAGUUCAGGGGGGACAGGCCCUCCAGGCCCUCCAAGCAGCCCCAUUGUCUGGGCAGACCUUUACAACUCAAGCUAUCUCCCAGGAAACCCUCCAGAACCUUCAGCUUCAGGCUGUUCCAAACUCUGGCCCCAUCAUCAUCCGGACACCAACAGUGGGGCCCAAUGGACAAGUCAGUUGGCAGACUCUUCAGCUGCAGAACCUCCAAGUUCAGAACCCACAGGCCCAGACAAUCACCUUGGCCCCAAUGCAGGGUGUUUCCUUGGGGCAGACCAGCAGCAGCAGUACCACCCUUACACCCAUUGCCUCAGCUGCCUCCAUCCCUGCCGGCACAGUCACUGUGAAUGCUGCUCAACUCUCCUCCAUGCCUGGCCUCCAGACCAUUAACCUCAGCGCAUUGGGUGCCUCAGGAAUCCAGGUGCACCAGCUUCCAAGCCUGCCCUUGGCUAUCGCAAAUGCCUCAGGUGAUCAUGGAGCUCAGCUUGGUCUCCAUGGGGCUGGUGGUGAUGGAAUACAUGAUGAUCCAGCAGGCGGAGAGGAAGGAGAGAACAGCCCAGAUCCCCAACCCCAAGCUGGUCGGAGGACCCGGCGGGAGGCAUGCACAUGCCCCUACUGUAAAGACAGUGAAGGAAGGGGCUCUGGGGAUCCUGGCAAAAAGAAACAGCACAUUUGCCACAUGCAAGGUUGUGGCAAAGUAUAUGGCAAGACCUCACACCUGCGGGCACACUUGCGCUGGCAUACAGGCGAGAGGCCAUUCAUGUGUACCUGGUCAUACUGUGGGAAACGCUUCACUCGUUCAGAUGAGUUACAGAGGCACAAACGCACGCACACAGGUGAGAAGAAAUUUGCCUGCCCUGAGUGUCCCAAGCGCUUCAUGAGGAGUGACCACCUGUCAAAGCAUAUUAAGACCCACCAGAAUAAGAAGGGAGGCCCAAGUGUAGCCCUAAGUGUGGGCACUUUGCCCCUGGACAGUGGGGCAGGCUCAGAAGGCAGCGGCACUGCCACCCCUUCGGCCCUUAUUACCACCAACAUGGUAGCCAUGGAGGCCAUCUGUCCAGAGGGUAUUGCCCGUCUUGCCAACAGUGGCAUCAACGUCAUGCAGGUGGCGGAUCUGCAGUCCAUUAAUAUCAGUGGCAAUGGCUUCUGAAAUCAGGCACCCCGGGGUAGAGACAUAUGGGCCAUACUCAUCAACCCUGGGAUGCAAGGUAGCAUGGGUCCAAAAGACAUGUGGGAGAGAGAGCCAUGAGGCAUUGAAAAUGCAUGGCAGUGGGAAGAAUUGGGGGAGGGAUACCAGAGAAGAGAUGGGGUCCUGGCACCCCCUGUAUCAUCAGUACCUCUUUGAAGUGGGAAACAUUAGUGAAAAUUCUGUUGGUGCCACCCUUUGACGAGCAUUUGUUUGACCCCAGUUUCUUAACACUUCUUACCCCAGCCUCCCCUUCCUGCAUUUUCCCUUACCAGCUCCCCCAUGAUGGAUCCCCCCCGUUUCCUAAAGCCAUUAUGCCUUGAUAAAUAUAUAUGAUCAUUGAAAUACUUUUUAACAAAAAACAGAUUCUAUAUUAUAUAUAUAUAUAUAAAAGAUAUAUAGAUAUGCAUUUGCAGGGGUUGGCUGGGAGGAGGAAGGAGACCAUUCUGUGACCAAAAUACCUUGGUCAUUUUUUUUUUUUAUAUUGCCUUAUUUCCUUAUGGCUGAGCCUUGUUGUGACACAUCAAGAUUUUCUAUAGAUGUUGUCUUGGCUUCCCACCAGAUUAAGCAUUUAUAUGCUCUGCUUUUAGUUUAUAUAUACAUACAUAAUAUUUUCCUUUCUUAAUAUUGUCUUUUAAUUUGGGAUCAGCUUCUUGUGCUCCUUUCCUGACUCAACCAUUUCUGUCUCCCCUUCUCUCCCCUGAUCAUUCAUGUUUUGUUUUUGGUAGUGGUCCCUGGAUGAGGCACUUCUGUCAUUCUUUUAAGUCCUUAGUCCCAGCAACAGAAUGGAGAAGCCUUGAAGCUCAGGCGGAUGCCUGAGGUAGCUGUGAAGAGAGUGUUCAAAAUACUACUGACGCAGGCACCCUCUUGGCGCUGGAGAGUCCAAGGCACCUCUCUUCAUUAGCUCCUCUGAGCAUCAAGAAUCAGAAGUCUUUCUGUGGAAUUGUACAAGAGGCCCUUUGAAGGUCAUAAUCUGGGAUCAGUUUGUAUAAACCGUGAAUGGUCAAAUAAUAGAUAGGGGCUUUCAGUAGGAAAAAUGAUGUGCUCAGAAGCGGAAGUGACUCAAGUAGUCCAGUUCAGGAGUUUGUGAAGUAUUUGGACCUUUGUACAACUGUCUUCCAAGGUAGCGCUAAGUUUUGAUGUGUGGGCUUCUGAGUUCACAUUCUGAAAGGAGAUACAAUUCCUCUUUUGAACAUCCCCAAUAGUUUCUUUCCCAUUAUGUUAUUAAGGAGCAUCAUCCAACGAGCCUGUUCUGAGUUUCCAGUCUGCAGAACUCCAGAGCAUGUCCUAGUGGCAAGGCAGUGGUUCUUUGAUCUUUUCCCUUAACGCUUCCUCGGAUGGUUCCUACGGGAAAAGGAAGCACACGCGAUCAUGAGGAUGAUAGCCCAGAACAAAAGGAAAUCUUGUCUUACCACUGUGGUUUAUAGGAGAGAUCAGGAAAAACCAUCCUGCUUUCUCCAUGGCCUGAUUCCUGAAGAGACUGAUCCAAAAAUUAUAGCGGCAGGGAACUCUUAGUGCAUUUGGCACUGAGAUUUAAAUGCAGCCAGAGUUGUCCUCAAGGCCCAGCCAUUAAAACAUGUCUCUCUUGACAUUCUGGUAUCUUGUCAGAGAGCUUUUCACUGUGAGGAAGUGUGGAAAUGGCUGUGUGUAUGUGUGUAAUCUGUUAGGUUGGGGAUAGGUUUUCUGUUAGCCAAUACUAUAAGAGACCUGCAAUAAAAAAUUACCCUGAUCUGAUAGAAAGUGAAGUGUUUGUGUAUGACUGUGUGUGAGUGUGUUUGUGCCUGUAUAUAUCUACACACAGAUGAGAAAUUAUAUUUGAAAUUGUUGGAAAAUAAAUCAAAUUCAGAUCAAAAUGCCUUUCAGGCCCAUUACCUAGAAAUCUAUCUUAAAACCUGGGUAUGUUCCUGAGGUCAUUUCUUUGCUUGUGCUAAAUUAGUUACAAUUAUGAACGGGGGAUAUUCUACUGCACUUUUAAAAGAAGAAACUAUUUUUGUGUUUGAAAGUGAAACCAACAUCCAGAUCUAGUUCCUUUCAUAAAUCUUUUUACCUUGACUACAAAUAGAUGAUGCUAUGAUUCUACUAUAUAUUUUAUAUAAAAUCUAUCCAAAUUAGGGUUUGGGUAAGUUUGUGUUGUUUAAUCUGUAAUACAAUAACUGUUAAUAUUCUAAACAAAAGUUCCCUCCAUUUGGUCCUUUCUCUGCAGACUCAGUACUAUUUUUAACACUCAGGAACUAUUGCAAGGAACUUUCUCCACAUCAAAUUCUAGUAAUACUGAAGUAAAAGUCAUUGAUGCCCAGCCACUUACCACACCCUUUAUUCCCACUGAAAGGCAGAUCUCAGAACCUGUUAUUUUAUGUCUGUAAUCAUGUAUAGGCAUCUUCUGGAGGAAAGGGGCAGGAUAACUCACUGGAGUGUGCAGUAUUUAGCUAGAGCAUUUCAAGGAAUGAAAUCAUCCCCAGUAUGAAAUUAUUAGAUAUAAACUAGCUUAGUGAUGCUGAGGUCUACAAGCUUUUAAAAGAUUAUUUGAUGAUGUUUUUCUCUGGGAUGGAAUGCUGAUUUACCCUCAACUCCAUUUAUUAGUAUGAGAGAAUUUAUAUCCAGUUCUUUCCACUUGAUCUGUUUCCUUCUCACUAAGGAAGCUCCAGAUCCAGUAUCUUGUUUGGCCCUACAACUAAAGCAGCUUCUGCUUUGGUCUCCCAGCAGCAGUAAGCCACUCAGUCUUUUCCACUGGAAGUUAGGAGCCUACAUUCCUUGAGUCAGGAGGUUAUUGCUGAAAAUCCCUUUCCCUGAACUUUUUGCCAGAAGUUAAUGUAACUGACAGGCAUAUUGAUUCUAAAUUUUUUUUCAUGAGUUGCUUUUUUAUUUAAUUUUUUAAUGACCAAAUCUUGCAGGGUCCGGGAUGCCCAGAGGAGUGGUAAUAUUCCUUUGUCCUUUCAGGUUGCCCAUCCACAUUCACUGCUUAUCAUUUGACUGUCUUGCUUUUUACCCAGAGCAGUAACAGCCCACACCAUCUUCCUUCAGGGACCUCCCAGCUAGCACCCUGUUUGUGGGUGCUAUGCAGAAUGCAAUUUAAUGGACAUUUCUCAGCCUGGUUCAGAAUAAAUAGAACUCUUGAUCCCAGGAAGUAUAGACUGAAGUGUGGGGUAAAGAUUAUGUUUGGGGGAGGGUUAGAGACAAAAGCUGUAAAUUACUAUGGCUGAUUGAUUUAUUUCUACUAUAUACAUAUAUAUAUUUUUUGCUUUUGUAUAUCCUAUAUAGGAAACUAAGCAUUGUAUUUUUUUUAACAAAUCUGAGAAAGCACUAUGAACUGCAGAUGUUUGACUUUCAGAAUAUAUUUUGUAUUGUUAAUAUCUUCACAUUAUGUGAAUACUGGAAGCUGCAGAUCUUUGCUAGGACGCAAUAAAUUUAUAUACUUUUUGAGGGGUUCUUCUAGGGGUGUUAAUCAGGCCCCUGUUAUGCUUUGGGGGAGCCCUGGUGCUACUUGCUUAAAGUUUUCAUUCAAUUGUGAGUACCCUGAUGCCUUUUGGACCUUCGGAUCAGAUCAAAGGAGUUCUGAUCCAGGUACCAAGGAAAUGAGGAUAGUCUAGCUGCCUCAAGUGAGGGGCCCUUUGCAGAGCUUUCCUCCCCCCUAUUCAAAGCUGGGUAGCCUCUUGGAGUUGGGAGGAGAAAUGUGAAAUCUCAGAGUUUCAUCUCCCUUAGAAGAAAGCCAGUAACUUAUGUGCAAGGAUGAAAGGUGACAGCAGUAGCUUUGGGGAAAGGGAGGAGGAUAUGGCACUUCUCCAGCCCCGGAAAACAUUGCUUUUGAAAACUGCUGAUAAAAUAUGGGUAGAUAAUUACUUUUGUUUGGGAGCCUGUGCUCUCUCUGGUGCCUCCCUUGGCUCUACUCCUGGGGUACAGACCUCACCGAGGAGGAUGAGCAGACCAGCUUUGAGGCUGACCUGUUUCUUUUCUUUGUCUGCCUUCCCUAAACACCAGCCCUCAGGAGGACAUUAAGCAGCCUUAAGCUUAAAUUCCUACUCUUUCGGAUUUAGCUCACUUGCCUUAGAUUGGAGUCUGGGAAAGGGAAAAAAUGGGAGUCCCUGACUUCAUUCCCCUCCUAGGUCUUCUCCAAUUUGACUUCCCCAAACCCAAAGAGAUUUCCUCCUCAACAUUCACGAUAAAUGAGUAUUUUGUCCCAUUUUCCCCUUUCCUCAUUAUCAAACAACCCCAGACUUGUCCCAGCUAAGCAAGAAGAGGUGUGGUAAUCUGUCCCUCAGCUCCCUUCAGUGUCUGAGAAAACACAUAACAAAUGGGUUUAAGCUGAGGCUGCCAAUGGUGAGGACCUUGUUGAUACCUCUCCUGGUGUGUGUAUUUUCCUCUCGCUCACCCUUCAGGAAUUACAGUGUGCCUUCUCCACAGAGAAAUGGGAUUCUCUAGCCAGCCCCCCCCACUUUCCCAGCACCUGCUCUUGAACAGUGUGCUCAAGGGCAAGUCUUCAUGUUUCUGAUCACCCCUUUCUCCCAGUGGCAUCCCUUAGCUCUCACCUGGAGUCUGGGGCACAAAGACUUUGGGGAAAGAUGGGGAAAUAUGCUGAGACUGACCUGAGGAGACCCCUUCUACACACACCAAUGGCAGCUGCCCCAGGGCCUGCUUACUCUUCCCGAGUUUGUCAUCCUCUGGGAGAGAGGAGCAGUUCUCCAGUCUCUGGUGCCUAAAACAAGUUUAUUUUUCUCUUUUAACACUGGCAAUAACCAGUCUCCAUACCACUGUUGCCUUUUUAAACCUCUUAAUAAUCUCAUGCUGUGUUUGUUGUUGGUUCCAAUCCAAUUAUCACCAGGGCUGUGUGGGGAAAUACUUUUAAAUGCUCUCAUCUUUCUUGCUCUUCCCCCCCCCCCCCCCAUCUUGUGUAUGUAUGAUGCUAAUCUCUUGUCUUAGUUUCUUCCUGCUCUUUUGUAUCUUCCUUUCUUCCUCUCCCUCUACCUUUUGUCUCUGGGUGUUUGGGGGCUUUUUUUUUUUUUUUCUUCCUUUUUGUACAAAGAUUAGUUUCAAUGUAGUCUGUAGCUCCUUUGUAAACCAAUUAAAAAAAAGUUUUUUUUUAAUAAAAAGCCAUGUCUCUGGUGUGUUGAGAUGGUUGGGAAUGGGGAGAAUAUGGUUAUAACUUCAUAUACUGAACCCAACAAAGGUUUCCAGCCUCAUACAUAUGUUACAUACAUAUUAAUCAGCACAGUUGUCCUGCGCUUCACUCCCAGGUAAACAGUUUCAUGACCAGAUUAAUGUGCCACAACUACAUAGAAAUGUGGAGGACCCAGAGAAACAGGGGCACCCCCAGCCUUUUUUUUUUUUAAUAAGGUUUUUAUUUUAAAAUAUGUUUAAAUUCGAAGGAAAAAUGCAAAGAUAGUACAGAGGGUUUCCAUAUGCCCCUUCCCCAGUUUUCUCUGUUAACAGUUUUAUGAUAUGUUGUCAAAACUAAGAAACUGACACUAGUAUAUUACUGUAGCUAAACCCCAGGCUUUAUGGGCUUCAUCCACUGAUGUCCUUUUUCUGUUCCAGGGUCUAUUUCAGGAUACCCACAUUGCAUUUAGUUGAUAUGUCUCCCUAGUUUCCUCUGUGACAGAUUUUUAGUCUUUUCUUGUUCUUCAUGACCUUAUCAGUCUUUGGAAGUAUUGGCCAGGGGUCCUGUAGAAUGUCCCCCAAUCUGAAUUUGUCUGAUGUUUUUCUCAUUAUUAGACUGAGCUUACAGGUUUUUGGGGAAAAAAAAUACCACACAGGUAAAAUCCCCCUCUCAUCACAUCCUGUCGAGGGGUCUGUGAUAGCCACAUGACAUUACUGAUGACAAAACCUUCAGCACCUGAUUAAGGUAGUUUGCCAGGUUCCUCCACUGUUGCUCUUUCCCUGUUCUUUGGAAUUUGGUAAGUCUAGCCCACCCUUAAUGGGGUUGAUGGAAAUUAAGCUUCUGUGAGGAAAGUGUCUUCUCCAUUCAUUUACAUUAGUGGUGACUCAUGUAUAUUUAUUUUAUGGUUGGGUUAUAAUCCAGCUCUAUUUUUGUUGCUCAGAUUGUCCCAACUUUGGACAUUGGGAGAGCUUUCAAGUUGGCUCCUGUGUUCCUUUGAUAUGUCUGCAUCCUUUUAUUUUUUUGAGCACUUUCUUACUUUCUGAUACAUAUACUAUAUUUUCCCUACCCCAGCCUUGUAACAGCCAGGUCUCUAAGAGCCUUUGUUCUUUUAAUUGAAGAAUGGUAUUUAGAAACCAAGAUCUAGCUCCAACAUGUUUUACGUUCAGUUAAUAACAGCCUCUGUCUAAAAUGAUUGAAUCUGGAUUGUGGCCCUUUCUGAAAAUGAAAUCACUCUGACAGCCUUUCCAAUUUCCCAUCAGCCUAUGGCUUUCUUCCCUUCCUACCUAUCCAGGAAUCCUUGGUUGAUUGUACUAUAACUACCAGCAUUCUUGAUUAUUUUGGCUCAUUUGACUCCCUGUGUCGGCUUUGUCAGUCACUCAGUCAUUUGAUUUCCUUAUGUAGCCAUUAACAAUAUAACAUUUUAAUACUUGACUUUACUGGAGGGUUUUUGUUUUCUGGGGAGGGUUGUUUAUUUUGGGGCUUUGCAGCCUUAAGUGGGCCUUUAAUAGUUCUGUCAUCUAUUCAGUCAGUAAACAUUUAUUGAGCCCUUACUAUGUGCUAGGUUGAGCAUAAAAAAAUGAAAUAAGACAGACCCUGCUAUCAAGUACUUCAUAGUCUGGUGAGUGAAACAUACCAUUUUUCCCAAUCCUGACCCCAUUUUUUUUGGCAGAUGAUUUACAUCCUAUUUCAUAGAGAAAGUGGAAGCAUCAAUUUCUUCAAACUUUCCUCUGUUCUCUCUAACAAAUAUCUAUGUAUUCAUCAAUACCAGUUUACCUCCUUCUCUCUUCUUAGGAGAGAAGUAGUAUUUUUCUUUUGCAAAGCCAAUCCUGCCACUUGUUCUCUUAACCUCAUUUUCUUUGACUUCUUUUUGUUCUUUGUUUGAAUAGUAUUUUCUCCUUUCAUCUUCAGUCGCUCCUGGGUUCCCUUGUGUCAGCCUAUAAGCGUGUUAAAAGAUCCCACCCCACCUUUUGAAAAACCUUUCUCUUCAAGCUACUGAUCUAGUUGUUUCCAUUUCCAAAGUUAGUGAAAGUAGUUUACAUUCCAUUUUUCUCUUUUUUUCACCCCUCAGGUCACUUUGUUCAGCAACCCACUGUUUAUCAAAGUGUUUCUUAUCGACACCAGCACCCUGGUUGCCUGCUGCAGUCGCCUUUCAGUCCUUAGCUUCUUAGCCUCUGCAACAACUGCAUCUCAGUACUGCCUUCCCAGAGUGUGAAACUGAUGCGCUCCUGGUUCUCCCUCAGCCCUUCUAUUUGUUUAGCCUCCUUCCUAGCCACUUCUUCCUCUGUCCCUGAAAUACUGGUGUUCCCUGUCCUGUGUCCUUUCCUUACUCUGCCUUUCACCCCUAAACAAGUGGCAUCCACUCUUUAGCUAUUACAUGUAUGUUGGUGACUCCCAAAUCCACACCUCUCACUUUUCUUUCAACCUUGCAGCCUGCUCAGUGGACAGUUUCAUCUGGAUGUCCCACAGAUCACUCGAAAUCAACCUGUAAGAAAGGGAAACCAUCCUUUGUGUUCCCCACCUCACUUAAACAGAAUUACUACCCCUCGAUCACUUAUACUUGAAACCUGAAAAUCAUCUUUUAACCCUCCCUUUCAUCUACCAACAUUCAUUUGAUAACCAAUCCUGUCAAUAUUACCAAUACAAUGUACCUCAGUUUUUUCCCUCUUUUAUUUUUAUUUCUACUGUUCUGGUACUCACCCUGGCUACUGCUUAGGUCUUGUAACUGAUCUCCCUGCUUCCAGUCUCCCUGAGCCCCAGGCAUCUAUCUUCCACAUUGCCACCAGACCCCUGCCUAAAAUCCUUUGCUUUUAGGAAGAGUCUAACAUUUCCAGUCUGGUUCCAGUCUAUCUCUGGGGUGAUUUUCUGCUUCAUAUCUCAUACCCCUUUCUUCUGCUUACCCCCAUCCCCCCACCCCAGCUGCAACACACACACUCUGUGUUUAUACCUUUAUUCUUGCUGUUCCCUUGGCCUGUGAUAAUCACCCUCCUAUUUGUUUUCAGUGUGUUUACCUUUGAAUUUAAAUACUGCUUUCUCUGUGAAAAAGGGAAAAGUGCCUCUGGGCACUUGUCUUCUACACUCUGGACAGAAUUAGCUUAUUUGAUCUUUCUGCUUAUAUAGCUCCUUGCUCAUACCCCUAGCCUGAUACAUACUUUCCUCGUUGCUCAUUGACAUAUUUUCCUGCCUUUCUAGACUAUGAGUUCUUGGAGGGCAGGAAUCACAUAUUUUUGUAGGUUCAGCACUUAGUGAAAUACCUUUCUAAGACUGGGACCUAACAGAUACUUUCUGAAUUGAAUGAAUAAACAACUCACUGUAGCUCUGUCGUCAGUGGAGUCAAGGUAAAUUAUUGAUCCUAAUGAGGAGCAUUGUGCAUGUGGAAUCCUGGAAGCCUUUCUUCCUAUGCUGAAGUUCUUUCUCAGGACCUUGUUAAUCCCCCAGCUGUCAAAUUCUUACCCCUUCUCUCACCAUCCCAACUCUAAACUUUGACUGCCCCAGAGCAGGUAUAUUUCCCAUAAACCUGGCUGGAAUGUUUCUAUCUUGAGAGUAGUUAUCCAAGGUUUUGGGUGAGGAGACUCUCCCCUCCUUACCUGAUCCUUAUCUUGCUCUCCUUUGGAGGAGAGUCUCCUGAGACACUCCUGACACAAGAAGCUAUUUUACCUUCAACUCCUCCCCCAGUCCCAGACUUACCUGAUCUGGGAGCUGGUGAAGGAAGACAGCUGUAACUAAGUACAACAUUCCACCUCACUUGCAGGGCUCUGCAGACUCCCAAAAGGGCCCAACUAAGGAUGGACACUUAUCCAUCUGCCUCUAGCCCUGGUCAUACCACUCACUGCUGCUCCACACUACUGGAGCUUUUACCCUCUCCUUUCAUGCAGGGUCCCCAGGAAAAAGGCUUCAGAAUCAAAGGGUAUAUGUAUAGCUCAGUGGUAGGGUGCAUGCUUAGCAUGCACGAGGUCCUGGGUUCAAUCCCCAGUAUCUCCAUUAAAAAAAAAAAAGUACUCAGACCCUCAUCCCUGAUGUAA